UCGAAAACCAAAAAUUUAAAAUCCAAGUAUGCUAUAGAUAAAGAGUUUAAAUCAUUUUUUAUCGGGAAUUCAAUAGAGGUUUCUAAUGAUGGUAAAUUUCUAUUCUGUCCAAAAAAUGAUAUUUUGAAUGUGAUUGAUUUGGAAUUGAACAAUAUUACUCAUACAGUUGGCCAAAUUGAUUCUGGAGAGCAAAUAUCAUCCUUUUCAUUAUAUGGAGUAGAAAAUGUAAUUAUAUCAUACAAAAGUAACUUAAUAAAAUUGUGGAAUUGGAAAAAUUUAGAAUGUUUAAAAGCUUGGAAGACUUUACUAAUGACACCCAUAAUUACUAUGACAAUUGACAGCAUUUCCUCCUCACUAUUAGCAAUAGGCACAACCUUUAAUUCAAUGAUUAAAAUAUGGGAUCUUAAUAAGGGUUACUAUACACAUCAUUUUAAACAAAUAGGGAGUGGGUCUGUUAAUCAUCUACAAUUUUUUUGUGAUUUUGAAAAUUCUCAAGUCAAGGCUAUAAUAGCUGCAUGUGAUGAUAAUUCAAUUAAUAUAUGGACAUUAAAUGAUGUCGUUCAAAAUAAAAUCAAGAAACAAAAAUUAGAUUUAAAUACUACAGAACACAAUAUAUCUAAUUUUCAUUCGCUAAUAGGUCACAAUGCUAAUAUUACUGGGCUUAUCAUUUUAAAUGGUCAAAACAAGUUAUUAAGCUCAGGACGAGACAAAUUACUUAUCUUAUGGGAUUUACUUACAUACACUUCCCUUAAAAUGUUUCAAGCUAAACAUGGCUUUGAAGGAGGCAUGAAACAAUUACCAUCAUUGACUUCCCUCAAUAAUAACAAUUUCUUAUUUUUAUGUAAUUUUGUCUCUGCUGAUUCUGAUUUAACACUGAGAAAAUGGGAAUUAACUGCCUGCCAAGAGGAUGGUGAUUUAGGAAAUAAAAUUUAUUUAGACAAUAGAAAAUUGACCUGUCAGACCAAUUAUAAUCUAAAAAUUACCCUCGAAAAUUCUUUAAUUCCUCUCCAAAAAAGUGAAAAUGAUAUAUUAGAAAACGAUUCAGAUUUAACCUCUAAUAAUGCCCUGACUCCCAAAUAUCUCACCCUCGGUGCAGACAAACUCUUUGUAACCAAUCACCAGCAUGAUAUCUUUGGUGUAAAAUGUGAUACACUUAAAAAUUUUACCAUGUAUAUUGGAGACAUUGAGGAAGUAACGGCUGUAAAAUUUAUAGCCGAAAAAGCUGACGAUCAAUAUCCAUACUUAGCGGUAGCUGAUAAUACCCCUCAGCCCAAAAUUUUUACCCUACCAUCUUUUGAUUCGUUCGUAUUAUAUGGACACACUGAAAAUAUUAUGGCCUUAUCUACAUUUCCGAAAAAAUCUGGUCUAUUAGUUAGCGCGUCAAAAGAUAACACGAUGAAGUUAUGGAGACUUAACCCCCUUAGACGGAGAUUUAAAUGUUUAUACACCUUCAUAGGCCACACCAACUCUGUUACAGCACUGGCUUGUUCAGCUGAUUUAGAAAGCGAUUACGUUAUAAGCGCCAGUUCCGAUCUCACUAUAAAAUUUUGGUCAUUGCAAUUCGGUCAGCUGAAAAAGAAAAAGGACGAACAAACUAACCCGGACAAAUCAACCGAAAUGUCGGAUGAUAAAAUAAUCGUUAAAAACGUGAAUGUUAAAUACACAAUCAAAGCCCACGACAAGGAUAUCAAUUGCCUCUGUUUAUCGCCUCGUAAUUCAAAAUAUUUCGCCACCGGGUCUAUGGACAAAACCGCCAAACUGUGGAACACAACCGACGGUAAAUUGGUAGGGAUCUUCAAGGGUCACAAACGAGGUGUCUGGGAUUUAGCCUUCUCAGAUAUUCACCAAAUUUUGGCCACAUGCUCAGGUGACACAACUAUAAAACUAUGGAUACUCUCUGAUUUUAAUUGCAUUCGUACUUUGGAAGGACAUACUUGCGCUGUUUUGCAUCUUCAAUUCGUCACUCAAUCUACCCAGCUAUUAACUUCUUCAUCAGAUGGCUUGAUGAAGUUAUGGACGAUCGAGACUGAGAAUUGUGUAACCUUUGAUGCCCACGAAGGUAAAAUAUGGAGUUUUACUACAAAUAAAAAUGAAAGCUUGAUGGCCACUGGGGGUGGUUCUGAUGGGAAAAUCUUGAUUUGGAAGGACGUAUCACAAGAAGAAAAAAAGGAAACAAACUUAAUCAAAGAAACUCAAAUUAAAAGUCGUCAAGAAAUUUCGAAUUUAAUGAAGGAAAAGAUAUACGAUCAUAGAAUUUUCAAACUUACGAUCGAAACCGAAGACAAGGAUACCCUUCUAAAAGCUUUAAAUGAUAUGCUUUUAGAUCCUCAAAAUAUGGUCAAAUUGGAAAAAGCUAUCAAAAAGUUGGAAUUAGGAGAAAUCGAUUCUCUCUUUCGUUUUUCAUCGCAAUGGAACACGAACGCCAAAACAUGUUAUCCGGCACAAAUCGUCCUCAAUACUAUUCUAAAAUCCAUUCACCCCGACGUCCUCGUUAAAUUGCCUAACAUCAUUUCAUCUAUCCAAUCCAUCGUUCCUUAUACAGACAGGCACUACGAUCGAAUCAACAAAUUAUACCAAGAUUCCACUUUCAUAGAAUAUGUUGGCAAGUGUAUCGCCCUCGAACCACUAUUAGAUUAAAACGCAUAUCAUGAAUGACGAAUGUUUUAUAAUCGACUGUGUUGUACGAAAUAUUUAAUAAUAAUAAAAAAAGCGCGAAUCGUUUUAUUUUUAAGAUAUAACCAGAGUUUGGAACCUAAUUUUUUAAAAAUGUGUUUCCGGUUUUAAACAAUUGAAGGCAAUCAAAAAAAUUCUAAUAAUUUUAAGCAAAUCAAUAAACCCU